GGCAAGUUCGGACCAUACUGUUGCUGGGAAACCACAGACUGGAAAGUCGGAAACAGAUUUGCGCGCUGCUGUUUGUUGCUUGUAUGCAGCUCAGUCUGCUCUGUUAAAUGGAUUAUUAGUUGGAUGGAGCGUGAUAAAACCAUGCCUGAAAACGGUUCACCUCUUGCUUUGGCAAGGUUGUCAUUCAUAACCAGGUUAGCUUACUGAGCUGCGGAAUGAAGAGCAGAAAACAAAGGUCCGUCAAAGCUGGAGGCAGCAAAAAGAAAGUCCCAAGCGAUGUGUCCCCCGCCACCAGCCUCCCUCCUCUCGUCGAAGGCCAACUAAGAUGCUUUCUGCGGGUGAUUAUAAGCCGUGUGUUAUGGACAGUUCAGAAGCCUCAGUCUGCAACAUUUGUGAGGCUGCGCUGGUGGGGAGAGUCAUCCAACGGGACGCUCUUCUUUCCAAGAGAUGGAUCACAGCCAUCGCAGAAGACCAUCAAGACCACUGCUCGCUUCCCCAUCCGCUGUGGGCCAAAGCAGUUUACUUCCUAUCUUACAGAUAUGAGCUCUCUGGUGCUGGAAGUUCUGACCAAACCGGAUCACUUGCCAAUUGCACGGGCUCAGAUUGCAAGCAUCUCUCGUCUCUCUCUGGCACACCCCAUCAGUGGAUUUUACACCCUUGUAUCUCCGACAUCUGAGAAGCUGGGAGAAUUACAGGUUUCCCUUAAUUUGGAACCUCUAACUGAAGCCUAUGACAGCAGCAGCUCAGGUCCCAUCACAGAUAUCAGCAUUGAAGGACCACAAGUCACCACACUGACUGUGCCCACUCAGUCCAGAUCGCUCUCAGCUUGCAGUGGGAAAGAAUCAGCAGGGAGCAGCAGUGGAAACACUCCAAGAGGGAAAGACCACUUAUAUUUCCAAAAUACACAGAAAGAUAAAGGCGGAGAAGAUUCACUGGAGAAUCAGAUACCGACAACAAACCCAUCUCUGAACAAUCAAACAACUGUGAAUCCUUCAAAUCAGGAGCCUUUUGGCCAUACAACCAAUGAUAUCCUCUCAGUUAUUCUAGAGCGUGGGAACAAGCUCAGAAAUGCUAUGGUGGUAUCAUCUUUAAAAUGUGACAUGGAUUCUGCCCCGGCUCUGAAAGACACCCCUCUGCCUCUCCCAAAGGAUAACAUCCUGCCACCUUCCACGCCCUUUCCUUCUCCUUCUGGGAUGUUUCUUCAAAAUAUUCUUCAUGCUGAUUCAACUCUCAAGCACCCUGAUAAUGUUGCUGUAGUCUCAGACUGCAGCUUAGACUGUCCCGUAGACACGGAUAACAGAGCCGUGGAUUUGCUCCUCGGCAGCUUAAACACGUCUCCUCUACCUCUCUGGGAUGGAGAUAUCUCCUUAUCUGAAUCUCUGUCUGGCCAUAGCAGUGUGUGUGGAGAUAGUGAGCUCAAUGAUCCACAAUAUGAUCAGAGCUUACUGGAAAAUUUGUUCUACAAACCUCCUAUGUCAGAUAUCAGACCAAACGACACAGAGAAGGAGGAUCAAGCAACAGUGUCCUCGAGUAAACAACAGCUGAUACAGUCCGGACCCAAGAUCAUUAGAGGUCCAAACUCAGAUCCUCAGCGGUCCGCAGAUGCUGGUGAAAGCCCUCGUGGCCUGAGUGCAGAGCAGGUGACUUUGCUGAGUUUAAUCCGGCUGGCGAGAGUGACUAUCAACUCCCUAACCGCACCUUCAGGCAAUGCAGCCAACACACCUGGAAAGACCUAUAGUAAAGGGAAACCUCCUAGACCAUUAACCAGCAAGAAGUGCACAUAUUUUAUUGAGUAUGUGUUCCCGAUGGCCUCCACUUCCAGUCGACAUGAUCGUAGUAAGGGGGGAGAUGGGGAGGUGAUCAGAGCUGUUGCCAGUAAAGUCACAGGAGGAACCGUGAAGUUCCAUCAGCAUUCUGUGUUUCCUGUCCAAUUCAGCACAGCAACAAUGGAAAAGUGGUGGGGAACUAAUCUGAUUUUUAAGAUUUACUCUCGAAAGAACGACCAAAAGAAACCUGUUCCCAUUGGCAAGGCAGUUUACCCGUUGCGCUGUCUGCUGCAGAGCAAGCAGCUGAGUCAGUCUGUCGUCUUACCUGUACAGAGCGUUGAAGGAAACGGUGAAACACAGGAGGUUGGACCUCUGAAGGUUUUACUAGAACUCGCUACAGACAACAAAGAUUUUUCCUCUGAAAAAAGUAAAAGCAAGCUGGCUCGGAAUGACACAUCACUUUUACAACCUGCACCCAGUCCACAGAGAGAGACCAGUUCUAGAUCUCAACAUGUGGACAUUGGCAGGGAGGAGUUACCAGCUGGUUCUUUUGAAAAUUCCAGACUGAAUUCUUGGAGUCAACAAAAACCCUCAAAAGGACCCUCUGCAAAUCUCGGCCUCCACCUAUCACCUCAUACAUCCUGGCAGCAGGUGGAGGUGGAAGAGAAUCCUGAGGUCCUGCUGCAUACGUUACUCAUGGUGCCAGAUGGAAAGAACUUCAACUGUGAGCCCAUGCAGGCUCCAAACAUGUACUUGAACUGUAAACUCUGGUGUGAUGAGACAGCAAGAUCUGUCAUCAGCUGGGGUCAGGCAAAUCCUUCUUUCAACUUUGCUCAGGUGACUCCUGUGGCCUUAACAGCCAAGCUGCUGGAGCGGAUGAAAAAUAACGUGAUGGUAAUCGAGGUGUGGCAGAAAACCAGAUGUUCAGGGCAGGAUCAACUCCUCGGCCUUGUGAAAUUACCUCUCCACCAGUUCUACAUGUCAUUUAGGGAUCCAAAGAUCACCCACCUUCUUCUCCAGGCGCAGUACCCUGUCUUAGGGGUGGACUGCUACAUGCCAGUCAUUGAUGUCUUCUCAGGCAGUUGUAAAGGUCACCUGAGGGUAGUAUUGGCUAUGGGCAAAUCAGAACAGAUAGUUGCCCUCCAACGCACAAGGGAUGAAGAAUAUGACUGCUUGUCUCAUCUCGUGAGACCAGUACAUCUGCUUGAUCACCAGCAUCAUUCACAAACAAAGGCGAUUGCAUCACAAGAGGAAACUAUGAGAGAGCAUCUGUUUGUGAUAAGAGUGGAGAAGGUAAAUGGGCUGACACCUCUGCAGUCCACAGUGUGGGGUGAGGCUGACUGCUACAUCCAGUACAGUUUCCCCUCUCAGGAGGGUGACCCUGCUGCAAAAGUGGAUCAAAACCUCAUAGAGAGUAGCGUGAACCUGAAGCUGUUUCGUACCACCACAACUCUCUGUAUCCCCGACCCGCUGUUUGGUCACUCUGAGACUCAUGUGCUUCUGGCUCCUGAAGGGGUUCCUGUUCAGAGGCUGCUGCUCAGCUCUCUUUCAAGCCAAGGCCUAAACGGUGGAGGAGGUGUCCAGUUUGAAGUUUGGUGCAGAUAUUAUUAUCCAAACGUCCGAGACCAGCUUGUGGCCAAAGGAAUGCUUCCGUUGUCCAAGUUGUGUGCCAUGGUCACCAUGCAGAGACAGCAUCCUAAUGAGGUUCAAAUGUUCUCCCUACCCCUGAUUCCCAGGACGGACAGUCCCACAGGACAUCAACCUCAGCCCUCAGGCUUACUAGAUGUGUGCAUUCGGUACAAGCACCGACCAGUGAGACCGGAAGGUCAGACUAGUAAAGGAGCUGCCUCUCGUGUUGUAACACUUGUGGUUCAGGUGCACAGAGCAUCAGGGCUGCAGGCCGCCGCCAGAGUUUUAUCAGAACAAGAUGAAAGAUUCAGCUACUUUGCCAGUGUGGGAGUGAACUCAUACGUCACAGUCGAGCUCUCCUUCAUGCCUGAGCGUGAGAGGAGAUGCACCCGCAUAGCUGCCAGGACUUUCUGCCCAGAGUUUGACCACCACAUGGAGAUGUCCUGUGAUCUGCUGUUUCAGAGGAGCAGUGGAGAAACCUGCAGCCUGGCUGAGCAGCUGGAGGAAGCCUCUGCUGUCUUCACUGUCUGGAACAAAGACAGUCGCAAAGCAGUAUACACUCAUAAGCCAAAGGAAGUGAUGUUGGGCAUAUUGAAAAUACCUCUUGCUGAUCUCCUCCAUAAAAGAACAGGUAUUUCUGGAUGGUUUGGACUGUAUAUACCUCAGGAAACAAGUUCUUCUCAGCACCAGCACAUCUUGGUCGGGGGCCUCGAGAUCUCUGUCAAAUUUGCCCACCACUCAGACAGGGAAAGAGUCAUUAAAGCUGCUCGGGGUUUGAGCUGGGAAAUAAUCCAGAAUGAAGUGCAUGAUGAUGAAGAAGCUUGGGGAGACAGCUUUAGAAAAAUGUCUUUGACUUUUUCAAUGCCUAGAGCAUGGGUACCUGUCCACUGCUUGCUUCUGCCAGGCCUCAGGGAACUUGAGCGCUCCACCUACUGCUACUUCAGGUACAAGUUCUAUGACCAAGAUGCCUUCUGCUCCCAGAUGAAACACCCCACGAUCGAGGAGGAAGGCCAGGCCACAGUGGCCUUCCAGGGAAGUAGAACUGUGAAGCUGAGGAGGACUCAGCCCUUAAUGUGGUAUCUUCGAGAGGAGAAGCUGGAGGUGCAGGUUUGGGUUGCCUUUACAAAAGACAACAGACAGAGACCCCGAGACACAGACCGACUGGUGGGUUCAGCGUUUGUCGAUCUGUCCUCUCUUGCAAAGACACCUAAGCAGAAGCUUACUCUCAGUGGAGUGUAUCCGCUGUUCAGACGCUCAGCUGCAGAUCUACAAGGGGCUGCUCUCAGGGUGCACAUCACCCUGACAGCAGGCUUCGUCCCUGCUGGAGUUGACGCCCAGGUGGACUCGGACAGCCAAGAAGAACUCUUAUCGGAAGAGGUGGAAGCAGCAGAUCGAUCCCGCUUGCCUACAACACCCAGAAAAUCACAAAGCAGACACAGGAAUAAAUCCCCCAGAACAACUCCAGACAUCACAUCUGUGCAGCACACAGAAAUGACCACGGCUGAAUCUUUCCCUGUGACUGUUGCUGUGGACCGGGCUAUGCACCUGAAUCUGAAGGGCUGUCCUCUAGCAGAGCGCAGUGAAGGGUCACCAUGCUGCUGUGUUUCGUACGUCACUGCAGAGUCUGCAGAACCAGUGUGUACAGCUGUCAUAGCCAACACCGACUGCCCUGUGUGGGACCAUCAACAUGAGUGCAGGCUUUCAAAGCAGCUACUGGUCGAUCCACAGCAGUCUCUCGUGUUCAAAGUCUGGCACAAAGGAGAAACGGAGAGGGUCAUUGGAUUUUCCUCUGUAGACCUGUCCCCCUUAGUCUGUGGCUUCCAGUCAGUGUGUGGUUGGUACAACAUCACAGACUUCAGUGGUCAGUGUCACGGCCAGCUCAAAGUGUCCAUCACUCCACUAAAGGGUGUCCACGAUCUCCGAGGACAAAGAAAAACUGUCAAUGAGGAAGUUGCCAAAAACACACCGCAGACUUUAUUCCAGGCACUCCCUCUCAGCUACCAUACCACGGCCACAUACAGUAGCUUCCCCUCUCACAUCAGCCGGCACCCCGAGCAGAAGAUCUCGUCGCCCGACCACACGGACAGGCUGUUUUCCGAAAGGUCCGGUGAGGGCGACCGUCACAUUGAGCAUAUGGACAGAGUACGUCUUUACCAUCAGAGUCUGCAGGAACAAACAGCCGCUCAUUCUGUCUGUAGCAGCAGUGCUGGUGACAUCAAUCCCUCCAGCUCACUCCUCUUUUCAACACUCAGGAAAAAACUAAGUGAGCUGGACAACAUCCAGAGAUACUUCAGCCGUAAGCUUUCAACUCCCACAUUCCAAACCACGAUUGAGCAGGACUGUCACACCAAGCACGAGGACCAGAGGAACACAGACACAGACACAUGUCAGCUUCUUCUCAAGUCCAACCAGUUAGUUGGACAAGUCAACAAUAUCAUUAGUGGUCUACAAGAACACCACCUGGAAACGAUUCUCUCGGACCCACAGAGCAGCUCAACAAGUUCCCCUGUUGCAGACAACAACCCACAAACUAACUGUGAAAGUAUCUCCAGUCCAUGCAGAGCUUCUAAUUCUUCCCCAAAAGGUUUGUCUCCUCUGCACUCUCCACUGCCAAAGAUGCCCAAAGAGCAUACAGACUCUGAGCCUGAGGAAGAAAAAGACAGAGGAAACCACAGGGUUGCUGUGUCCGAGGAUGAAAGCGAAGAAGGUGCAGACAAAGAUGGAGAUCGGUCAGGCAGCACAUGGGAUGAGAAAUCUGACGAGGAUGAUGAAGAGGAAGACAAAGAUUAUGAGGAGGUUGUGGUGAAGCCGAGGCCCCUCAAUGAGGUGACCUCUUUAACAGACAAAACCAGUCCUUGGACCAGCAUCAUGUCAGACCCUGACCUGGUCUCCGUGGAGAGCCUGGAGGAAUCAGAAGAGCCGGAUAUGAGCCAAGACGAGGAAAGGCAGAUGGUAAAUCUGCAAACUCACGACUCUAGUGGAAAACACAAAUGUGCCAGAAAAGAAGAACGCGAAUGUCAACAAAAUGACAGUUUUGAUGGAUCAGCAGGAGACACUACAGACACAGAGAGAGAUGGUGAAAGGACACCUCAAGCUGUAGAUGAGAGAAAAGAACCCAACAAGGGGUCAGAUGACAGAGCGUCAUCACCCACCACACUGCACACCACAGAUACCCAUGAUGCUUCAUGCUCCCUGGACAAUCAAGACUCCAAAACCUUGGUCCCUGUGGAAGUCCCUAAUUUCUUCCUCCCUUCUCACCAACUGGAGGCAUCUAUGAGAGUCAUACGUUUAGCUCCUUCUUUCUCCCAGACCGCCAGCAACUCUGGGCCGUGCUCUUCACUUUCCAGCUUUCCACAUCCCAGAGGUCCUCGACAGCGUCCCAAUAUGUCCCCAUCAUCCAUGAAGAAAGAGACUGAAAGAAUAGCAAAAAUAUUUGCAGCUCACUUUGAAGACAAUCGGUAGUACGUUGGUGGUUUUUGUACAGCUCAGAGGUUUCAGAUCAUGUAAAUUUAAUGUUUGGUAUUUUCAUAAAUAAAUAUUAACUGUUUUCAACUCU